ACCACCUGCUCCCAUUGGGUGAUGACUCGGAGUGGGCGAAGCCUCUGGGAGACUGUUGUGGUGGCUUCCAGGAGCUCAGCACAGGACCCUACCUACGGAUAUUUUGAAGAAUAAAGAGCGAUGACCACACCUGCGGGCUCAGGCACCGGUUAUGGUACUGUGUCCUGGUGGGGUCUGUCCCCGGCGCUGGACCUACAGGCAGAAAGUCCUCCUGUAGACCCAGAUUCACAGUCGAAAACAGAGCGCAAGGUCCCAGAACUGGAUGCCCUGCUGUUAGGUUCUGUGGAUGGUAGACACGUGCUAAGGACGCUGGCCAGGGCAGCGCUCUGGCCUCUCAGGAGUUUCAAUUUUUAUGUGCUGGAGAAUAAUCUGGAAGCGGUGGCCCGACACAUGCUGAUCUUCAGUCUAGCCCUAGAGGAACCUGAGAAGAUGGGGCUCCAAGAGCGGAGUGAGACCUUCCUGGAGCUGUGGGGGAACGCGCUGCUGCGACCCUCGGUAGCUGCCUUCCUGCGUGCUCAGGCUAGCCACCUGGCUAAUCUGGUCCUGGAGCCUGAUCGCCUGGAGGAGCAGCUACCCUGGCUUAGCCUUCGGCUGCUCAAGUUCCGCGAGCGGGAUGCCCUGGAGGCCGUGUUCCGUUUCUGGUCUGGUGGGGAGAAGGGACCCGAAGUCUUUCCCAUGAGUCGCCUUUGGGACUCGAGGUUGCGCCACUACCUGGGUUCCCGUUAUGAUGCCCGGCGUGGUGUUGCCGACUGGGACCUACGCAUGAAGCUGCAUGAUCGAGGGGCCCAAGUUAUCCAUAUCCAGGAAUUCCGACGCUGGCGGGACACAGGUGUUGCCUUUGAACUCAGAGACUUGAGUGCUUACCAGGUGCCCAACAGGACUCUGGCGUCGGGUCGCCUCCUGAGCCACCGUGGGGAACGCGUGGCUGCACGCGGAUACUGGGGGGACAUCGCCACGGGGCCCUUUAUGGCUUUUGGCAUCGAGGCGGACGACCAAAGCCUCUUACGGACGAGCAACGGACAACCAGUCAAGACUGCGAGCGAGAUCACGCAGCACAAUGUCACAGAGCUGUUCCAAGAAGUAGCCGCCUGGAGGGGCCCGAGAGCCAUUCAGGGAAAUGUGGAGGAGACAGAGUCGCCCGAGCCAGAUGUGCCUGCUCAAGAACCCUUCACUAUCCACUUUCUGCCUCUCGAUUCUUCGCAGACUCUCCACCACAAGACUUGCUACCAGGGCCGGUUCCAGCUCCUCUAUGUGUCCUGUGGGAUGGUCCAUCUUCUCAGCCCUGAGCUCGGGGCUUGCGUGGCCCCCGGAGGGAACCUGGUUGUGGAAUUAGCUCGGUUCUUGGUGGACCUGCGGCCCAAGGAGUUGAAGGCGUUCUCUGACCGCGUUGUGGAGAUAGCGCGGGUGGCUGGGUUCGCCCCUCACACUGCAACCAAACCCUCGGAGACUUUUGCGAGGUUCUACAAGUUAGGGGACUCCACUCCAGGUGGCGGAGACUCAGCUGUGGAAUCAUCUGGACCCGCGCCCCUCUCCCAGAAUCGAUAAGCCUGCCCUAGGUUGACCAGGCCCCCUCUCUAGAGGCGAUGAGCCCACCCCAGGCUGAGCUAGUCCUGCCUGUAGAAGCAAUCAGCCUUCCCCAAGGCGACCUGACCUCCCCUCCAGAAGUGAUAAGCCCACUCCAGGAAGCUAUGGCAACGUCCUCGGUGAAUGCACCUCCAAAACAUGUAACAUGAACCCCAGGGACCACGUAGCCCCCCUUUAACUGCUGAAGCAGGCCCAGGGAUUGACAUCACCAGCUCAGCCCACCGCUGCAUGCUGUUUUACUCUGCAUUCCUUCUCAACCCGGUUCAGUGAUAUGACUAGAAUUUCAAAUUCCUUUCCUGGAACUCUCAGUUGUACUAUUUGGGGGGCGGGGUGGGGGAUGGGUCCUAGACUGUUAUCUGAGACUUAUCCUGACAAGGAUCGAAGGCUGAAGGGACAACCCUGGGCUCCAGCUCCUCUCGUUUGUCUUGGGCCUUUCUUGGCAUGCUGCUUUUGGGAAGGACAAGGGCAUAGCCUUCCUUGAAUGUGAUUCAAAUAAAAAGCGCA